AAUGCAUGGUUACUUCGAGUACAUGUAUGUAUGCAUUCAAAUCUAAGUUAAGACCUAAAACGCAUGGUUAUUUUUCUCUCUCGAGAAAGUGCCCUUGGUUGUCCCCGUCCAUCAAUCUCUGGAAGUCAAAGCUUCAUGGUUGUUGGCUGUUGGGAAGUGGGAGCCAAAAAUGGCAGAUUGCGCGCAUCCUCGUCUCAUUUUACGCAAUUUCCUGUCAUUGGAUCAGUGCAAGGAGCUAGAGUUUAUCCACAAGAGUUGCAGUACAGUUGGUUACAGACCAAACGUAUUCUCAACCACUCUCUCUCAUCUCAUCGCCACUAACUGUGCUCAUUUGAUUAUGCCUCUUGUGCCCAUUAGAGAGAUUCUGAAAGAGAAAGUGGAGGAAUACUUUGGGUGUGACUACGAGCUCUCUGUUGAAUUCACUGGAUUGAUCAGUUGGACUAGAGGUGCUAGCAUUGGAUGGCAUAGUGAUGAUAACAGACCCUAUCUCAGACAACGUGACUAUGCGGCAGUCUGCUACUUGAAUAAUUUUGGGGAGGAUUUCAAAGGUGGACUCUUUCACUUCCAGGAUGGUGAACCUACAACUGUUGUGCCCAUGGCUGGAGAUGUUGUGUUGUAUACAGCUGACAGCCGAAACAUUCAUUCUGUCGAUGAGAUUACUAAUGGAGAGAGACUCACUCUAACUCUAUGGUUCAGCUGUGAUCGUUCUCAUGAUGAGGAUGCUAAACUUGUUUCCUUUCUAUCUGAGAGGUUAUUACAUGGUUCAAAUGAAUCUGACUUGUGUGUACCAGUGCCGGCUUCCAGUAAUAUGUACUGGUUUUCCCCAAAUCAGUCUCCUAAUGAUAUGUUUGGAUUCGAUAUUCGCUAUGCAAGAAUACACAUUCUUGGAUGUGAUCUUUAUUCAUCUCAAGACGAGAGCUUUAUUUCAGCAUCUGAUUCAUCUUAUGACAUCUCAGAACUACUGAUUGAGCCGCUGCAAUUAGCAAGGGGAGAUGAGUUGUAUGAAAAAGAAUUUGUCAAUGUUUUGCAAGCCCUUCAGGUGGUGCAAUUUUACUCUUGGAAAGCCUCCGACUUGCAAAUAUCCAAGGUGGAAAAGAUAGUCAACAGCAAAGUGCUCCUAUCGCAAGCACAGCAGGAUAAAAUCAGCAGCCUAAGGCUUGUGUGUUUGAAAGAUGGUGAAUUGGUAGGGAGAGUCUUCGGAUCUUUGUCUCCUAAUGGUGCUGGGCAAUGUUCCUAUGAUUGGGAUGGUUUUCCUGCUGCAGUUGUUGCAUGGGAAGCUUAUAUUCGUGACUUGCAUAAAGGAUUGCUUAUGAGUUUACCGCACUGGACAACCUAUCAAUCUAUAUUUUCUGUUCCAUUGGACCUUGGGAAAGAAAGUUGAACUGUACAUACAUUGCGUGGUAGCUCCGUGUACUUGACAAUGACAACCUAGAGAAUUGAACACCAACUAAUUCUUUGCUUUUGACAAGUUAUCCUAUUCAUUGUUCUGCUUUGGUGGCCCGUGGGUUUUUCCCUUGAUGGCUGAUCUAGAUUCUAUAUUUGUACGUUAUAAGUGUUCUCUUGCAAAGGUCUCUCUCUCUCUUGCGCGCACACAAUUGUUCAGAAAAGGAUAUUGCGAAGAAGGUUCUUGAAUUCAACAUAGUUCACGAAGCAUUUUAUGCCAGUUCAUGAAGAAAAGAAAAUGCAAUUAGUUCUAGAGGAUGUGGAUCUCUCCUACUCUCUAGAGGGGAAUGCUGUAAAAAACUUGUUUGAUGUUCCUGGCCGACCAAUCAGAAAAAAAGGGAUAAUAAUAAAGUAAAAUAAAAAGCAGCCAAAUACUGGCAUUGGGUUUUUGGCCAGUGUGAAGUAGGUGCAUUGGGUUUCAUGCUAGAGUGAAGCAGGUGGAUUAUAACUAGUUACAUGGAGCAAAUUUUUGUGUGGUUUUGUGAGAUUUUAUUGCUCCACCCCAAGCUUCAUAUAUAACACUAAUGAGAUUCAAGGCGAGGAGAUGAUUGAUAGGGCUCACAACUUAGUUUAGCCGCUUUGCAAGUUUUGAAAAUAUUAUAGUUAUAAAAGGUUUGCUAUUGCUUAAA